AUAUAUUGUCAUGGCUAAUUUAUUCUUUAUUAACCAAGAAUUUUCCAAAUCUGAAGAUUUCGACAACGUAGUUACAAGAUAUCAAAAUGAAACCCAAUAUAUUUUGGGUAAAUUUGAUUCUCGAACCAUGGAGACUUACUGCAGAAAAAGUGGUAAAAAUGUUGAUGAUUAUCCCAAUUUGUCACAUUAUUAUUAUUAUAUGCGUUGCUCAAGAGGUGGAAGUUACGUCCCAAAAAAAAAAUGCGGCGUUCAUUCCCGAAAUGUUAAAUCCAACAAAAUUGACUGUCCAGUACAGCUUCGCGUUUCCGCUGACUUACAGAGAAAAGUAUUGGUUGUAACAGAAUGGAUAUCGGACCAUAAUCAUGAGCCUGAAAAUAAAAAACUUGAUCAUGUUGGUGGUACAUCAAAAUUAGUUCAAAAAGGACAAAAACUUCUGGCUGAUAAGAGUAUUGAAAAAAAAUCAAAUGAUCAAUUAGCAGUUUCGAAAAUUCUGGAAAAAAUAAAAAGUAAUAUUGCUUUUGAUGAAAAUACGGCUCGACGAAAGAAAGAAAUGCUCAUAAAUUUGUUGGAAAGCUUCGAAAAAAUGGAUGAAAAUGAGCAAAUUUCAUCAGAUGAUGAGUCAACUCAUUCUCUUGUCCCGCCUCAAACAAACAAAUCACCGCUACACCUUGAUCUUCCGGCAACACCAAGUCCUCUUCCUGUCAACAAAGAGUUUUCAGCUUCGAUGGAACCUAAAGAACAAAAUUUGGAACCAUCGGUCCUGAUGGAAGAAAUCAGUCCUCAAACAAGCACAUGUGGCCGACCUAAGCGUCAAAGAAAGCCCGCUUUAGGUUCUGACUUUUAUACUUAUGGAACCGCACGGCUUAAAAAAAGGAUUUAAUACUUUUAUAAAUAAUUUUCAGAUAGUUUUACAUAAUUAGUUUCUCAUCAUGUAACUUAUAUAUUUCAUUCAACUUUUUUUUCGAGCAUAUUUUAUUAAUAGUAUUACUGAUGUUAUUCCGUAUUACCGUUUGCUAUAUGAAACAAUACACUUUAAAAAAUUAUGACGAUUUAGAAUUCAAUAUAAAGAAAAAACUAAGAUAAGGGAUAACUUAAUUCUAAUCAAUAUUUAAAUUUCGUUAUGAAUGCAGUUGACAUGAUUAGUAGUAUUCGAUGAA